ACUACAACACCUGGUAUGCACAUGAUUCCUACAUUUUAAUAAAUCGUAGAGCAGCUUAAGUCGAUGAAAUAAGAAUAAUAUGACUGUAUCAAUGGAUUAAUUUGAAGUAGUAGAUGAAUAGUAAUGAUGUACGAAAACCUUAUAAAUGUAGAAUUCAUUACUAGUAUGUUUCAUAGAAACUUAAUAAGCUAGUAAUCUAAUAUAGAAAGAGAGAGUAUUAUGGGUAAGGAGAGAACACAAAUGGUGUUGGUGCUCUUCACAGUUCUUAUAAGAUUUUUGGGUCUCUAUGAUCUGCCACAAACUAUGGCAGGUGCAGCUCGAGACCCUACUCCGACUGUAAUCGUGGUUGGAGCUGGCAUGUCCGGGAUAUCGGCAGCAAAGACGUUCUCGGAUGCAGGAAUAAAGAAUUUUUUGAUACUGGAAGGAACUAAUAGAAUUGGUGGUCGUAUCAAAAAGACUAACUUUGCAGGUAUAACAGUAGAGUUGGGUGCAAACUGGGUUGAAGGGGUUAACGGAGAUGAAAUAAACCCCAUUUGGACCAUGGUGAACAAGAUUGGCCUCAAAACCUACUAUUCUGAUUUUAACCACCUUGCGAAUCAUACUUACAAACAAAUGGGAGGAGUUUAUGAAAAAUCCGUCGCUCAACAAGGGUACAGCGCAGCAAAUAGACUUUCUACAUCCAGCCAAAAAUUAUCGGUUUCUUUGUCCAGACGAAGACAAACAGAUAUGUCAAUCCUGGCAUCCCAACGACUCAAAAACCAUGUUCCAUCAACACCGAUUGAGAUGGCAAUCGACUAUUACACUUAUGACUACGAGUUUGAUUCGAGGGGUUAUGAGAGUGUUGUUCAUUAUGUUGCUAAGCAAUUCCUUACUACUGAUGAGGCUGGGGAUAUCGUUGAUCCUCGACUUGUGUUGAAUAAGGCUGUGACGGAGAUACAAUAUUCAAAAAGUGGUGUCGUUGUUAAGACUGAAGAUGGAUCAGUGUAUGAAGCUGAAUAUGUAAUGGUUUCAGCUAGUAUUGGUGUGCUGCAGACAACUCUUAUUGACUUUGUGCCUGAUCUACCGGCAUGGAAAUUGUUGGCCAUAUAUCAGUUUGACAUGUCCAUCUACACCAAAAUCUUCCUCAAGUUCCCUUACAAAUUUUGGCCUACUGGUAAUGGCACAGAAUUCUUUAUCCACGCUCAUGAAAAACGAGGUUAUUAUACGAUGUGGCAGCAACUAGAAAAUGAGUUCCCUGGUGCAAAUUGCCUCUUAGUGACAGUAACAGACGACGAGUCUAGACGGAUAGAGCAACAACCAGAUUCAGAGACUCUGGCCGAAAUUAUGGAUGUCUUAAGAAACAUGUUUGGGCAGAACAUCCCUGAUGCCACAGACAUACUCGUCCCUAAAUGGUGGUCUGAUAGGUUUUAUAAAGGAACGUUUUCCAACUGGCCUAUUGGAGUUGAUCAAUACGAAUAUGAUCAGAUUAGGGCACCCGUUGGUAGAGUUUAUUUCACGGGAGAGCAUACAAGCCAGCAUUACAAUGGUUAUGUUCACGGUGCAUACCUCGCAGGUAUUGAUUCUGCAAAUAUUUUGAUCAAGUAUACCAAGAGAAAAAAGCAUAACUACAAGAUCAAGCCUAAAGGGAGUUUAGUUACAUUUGGAACUCCAUUUAUUAAUACUCGAUUGUUUAAUAAUCUUACUAAAAUAACAUAA